AUGGCAGAAGCUCCCUUAUCUCUCCAGGACUCAUUCAACUGUCCAAUCUGCCUGGAUCUACUGAAGGAUCCAGUGGCUGUUCCCUGUGGACACAGUUACUGUAUGAACUGUAUCGAGCACUACUGGGAUCAGGAUGAUCAGAGAAGAGUCUACAGCUGCCCCCAGUGUAGACAGACCUUCGACCCAAGACCUGUUCUGAGGAAAAAUAUCAUGCUGGCUGAACUGGCUGAGGAAAAGAGGAAGAUACAACUGCAAGCUGCUCGUCGCGCUGUCUGCUACGCUGGACCUGGAGAUGUGGAGUGUGACACCUGCACUGGGAGAAAACUCAAAGCUGUCAAAUCCUGUCUGAUGUGUCUGGUGUCAUUUUGUGAAACUCACCUCCAGCCUCACUAUGAAUCUCCUGCCUUUGAGAAACACAAGUUGGUCGAAGUCUCUAAACGACUAAAUGACAGGAUCUGCUCUCAACAUGACAAACUGAUGGAGAUUUACUGUCACACUGACCAAAAAAUGAUCUGCUAUUUGUGUACAAUGGAUGAACACAAAGGCCACUAUACAGUCUCAGCAGCAGCUGAAAGAACUGAGAAACAGAGACAGUUGGGAGAGACCCAGAGAAAAUCCCAGCAGAGAAUCCAGGAGAGAGAGAAGGAGCUGCAGGAGCUGAAACAAACUGUGAAGUCUCUCAGAAUCUCUGCACAGACAGCAGUGGAGGACAGUGAGAGGAUCUUUACUGAGAUAAUCCGCUCCAUUGAGAGAAGAUGGUCUGAGGUGAUAGAACAGAUCAGAGUUAUGGAGAGGACUGAAGUGAGUCUGGCUGAAGAUCACAUAGAGAAACUGGAGCAGGAGAUUGCUGAGCUGAGGAAGAGAGACACUGAGCUGGAGCAGCUUUCACACGCAGAGGAUGACAUCUAUUUCCUCCAGAGUUUCCAUUUUCUCUCUGUUCAUUUUGGAACUGAAGAGUUACCAAGCAUGACUGUCAGUCCAGUCUUCUCUUUUGAGGAUUUGAGGAAAUCUGUCUCUGAGAUGAAGAAGAGUCUGGAGGAAGUCCUGAAUGAAGAGACAGUCAAGAUACCAGAAAAUGUUGCUAAACUUUUGCUGCCUGCUGUGCUCAACACCAGAGAAGACUUUUUACAGUAUUCCUGUCAGCUCACACUGGAUCCCAUCACAGCACACAGAUCCCUCCAUCUGUCUAAGGGCUACAGAAAGGCAACACAGAAUAUUAUAUCUCAGUCAUAUCCCAGUCAUCCAGAGAGAUUUGAUCAGUGUUGGCAGGUUCUGUGUAAAGAGAGCUUGCCUGAAUACUGUUACUGGGAAGUUAAGAGGACAGGAAAGGUUUCUAUAGCUGUGUCAUAUAAUAAUAUCAGUAGAAAGGAAAAAUGA